CGAAACUACUCACAGCCACAUAUAAAGAAAAGAUGCCGAUGAUGUUAUGCAACACUCUCUACUCUUCGUCUCCGCCUUUUCUCUCGCCGUUAACUUCGAUACGAUCAAAACCGUCGCGAUUCUCAAAGACACUCACUGUCCGAGCUCAAUUCCAGUCCAUGGAUGAUCAUCAAAACGAUCUUCUCCGUCAGAAAUUCAUGGAGUUUCCAUACGUCUCGCCCACGCGCAGGGCUCUAAUGGCUGAUCUCAUGUCGACGUUGGAGGAUCGCCUCCACUCGCAACUCCUUCCCUGUACCCUCCCUCCGGAUGUACGGAACUUCAAGAACCCUAACGGUUCCGCCGAAGCGUCUCUUCACAUCAGAUCCGGCGAGAAAUCUUCUCCGAUUGAUUUUGUUAUAGGAAGUUGGAUACACGUCAAGAUUCCGACAGGAGUGUCACUCAACAUAACAAGCAUCUCUGCAUUCCUAAACACCUCAACAGAAGCUCCAAACUUUGUGGUCGAACUCAUACAGAGCAGUCCCACGUCGCUCGUUCUCAUCCUCGACCUCCCUCAUCGCAAAGACCUUGUUCGUCACCCUGGCUAUCUCGAGACAUAUUACCAAGACACCGCUCUCGAUACUCAUCGCCAGUCACUCCUCAAGCUUCCCGAGAUCAAACCCUACGUCUCGCCUUCUCUCUUUGUCCGCUCUGCUUUCUCUCCAACUGCUUCCAUGCUUAAAAUCGACGCGGAGGAAGGGGAGAGGCUGGAGGAGAUUUUGAGGGAGCAUGUGAGUCCAGCUGCUAAGCAAGUCCUUGAGGUUUGGCUGUCGCGUUGCGCGAAGGAGGAAGAGGGAGAGAAGAGAGUGUUGGGAGAAGAAGAGAAGUUGGAGUUGGAAAGAAGAGAUAAAAGCUUCAGAAGGAAGAGCAUAGAGGAAGAUUUGGAUUUACAGUUUCCGAGAAUGUUUGGAGAAGAAGUUUCUUCGCGUGUUAUACACGCUAUCAAAGAAGCUUUCGGGGUUCUCUAGAUUAUUAUAUCAGUUAAAGACUUAGCUAAUUAUCGUCAUUGUACUAAUAAUAUACAACUUCAACAAUAUCUUUAUAAAACCUUAGAAGUAAAUAGCGUUCGUACAA